AUGAAGGCAUCUGUGUGUUUUGUGUUUGCAGUGGUUUGUUGGUUCGCAGCGCAGGCAGAGUCGUCGCCAAAGAUCCUCACGCUCAGUAAAGUUAUGAAUGAACUCAACAAGAUCAACCAGGGAAUGAUAAAGAACAAAAGCAGAACUUUGAACUCACCCACCAUCAAUGAUUUAGAGGACUGCUGCGUUAAAUCUGCUCUGGACUGUUUUCGGGCCAAAGUGUUUCACCUGUCAGUCACUGAUGCCAAACUAAAGCGCUCACAGAAGAUCAUCUCACAUGAGCUUCGCAAAUCAGUCAUUCUGGACAGUGUGUCCAAUUGCAAACCUGAAGAGAUACAGAAAGCUCAGUGCAAAUCAUGUGACUCGUACAAGAAGGUUGACAGCCAAACAUUUGUGCAGAACUUUCAAACUCUUAUGCAGAAGAUCUAUGCCAGUGAAGCGUAGAGAUGAAAGAGUGAAGAGACUGUGUAUAUGACACUACCUGACCAACCC